GCAGACCCGCAGGGGAUGGAAACUGUCCUCAGGUUGUCUCUCCUUGCUUCACUCCGCCAUCUCAUUCUCACGUGGGCACUCGACUCUACCUCUCUCUCUCUAUCUGGAACUGGAACUGGCGGGAAUGCAUUCAGGACCUAUGCAAAUGCAAAAUCGUGAGCGAAUUUGGAAGGCACUUGAUUUUUCCGGUAGUUGAAUUGGCACAACCAUGUCAAGUAGUUAUCCUAAUCAUUCUCCUUCAAGACAUGGCAACACGAGCUGUCCGCCUGACCUCCAGACGAUCACCACCUAAGUUUCUUUUCAUCAUACUCCUGAUACUUAUUCCUAUUUGUGUGAUUGGAAUUUUUACCCAUGGCCAGAACAUAUCCUAUUUUUUCCGACCACUAUGGGACAAUGCCCCACCCCCCUUCAAACACCUCCCACACUAUUAUGCAGAAAAUGUAUCAAUGGACCACCUUUGCCACCUCCAUGGCUGGUCCCGGCGAUCCCAACCCCGUAAUGUUUUUGAUGCCAUCUUAUUCAGCAAUGAAUUGGACAUACUGGAGAUCAGGUGGCGUGAGCUUUAUCCCUAUGUCACAAAAUUUGUAAUCCUCGAGUCCAAUACCACCUUCACAGGCAUUCCAAAGCCUCUCUUCUUUUCUUCAAACCGAGCUCGAUUUGCUUUUGCUGAGGGGAAAUUUGUCCAUGGUAUCUUAUCUGGUCAAGUGGCAGUUCACGGAUCAUACAAACACCCAUUUGAACUCGAGACCCAACAACGUAAGGUUAUAAAUCGAUUAGUUCGCCAGUCAGGGAUUUCUUAUGGUGACAUUCUUAUCAUGUCAGAUACUGACGAGAUACCAAGCCCACAUACCAUGAAAUUAAUGCAAUGGUGUGAUGGGGUGCCACCUGUAAUGCAUCUCGAGCUCCGGCACUAUAUGUACUCAUUUGAGUUCCCCGUGGAUUAUAGCAGCUGGCGAGCCACAACCCACAUCUAUGGCCCUGACACCCUUUACCGGCAUUCUCGCCAAACUGAUCUUAUCUUCUCUGAUGCUGGAUGGCACUGUAGCUUUUGUUUUCGGCACAUCCAGGAGUUUGUGUUUAAGAUGACUGCUUAUAGCCAUGCAGAACGUGUAAAGCAGAAAGAUUUUUUAGAUCAUGCAAGAAUACAGGAGCUCAUUUGCAGGGGCGAUGAUCUCUUCGACAUGCUACCUGAAGAGUACACCUUCCAGGAGUUGAUUAAAAAGAUGGGAUCAAUUCCCCGAUCGGCUUCUGCUGUUCAUCUUCCUGCCUACUUGAUAGAGAAUGCAGAUAAGUUUGAGUUCCUUCUCCCAGGGGGCUGUUUGAGAACAUCUGAAUGAAGGUUUCUGGUCAUCCAAAGUACAAAAUUUUGGAAUUUUGUAGCUUGGAACUUGGGUUGUCCCGUCUCCUUUUUUUAAUAAAGAGGCUCUAAUGCCUGGAAGUUCCCGAGGAUGUGAAAAAUAUAGCGCUCGUUACUUUGGAUUGCCUUUAUUAAUGCACUCGAACAAAUGAGAGUUGUACUAAACUUUUUCCGCCUAAAUUAGUAGCUGCGAAAGGAUACCCUUUUGAUCUAAACAGAAUACUGCUUUGCCUGUUUCUUUUGUCUAUUUGAUUCCAUCUACAUUUCGUAUGAA